AUGCCUGACUUCACCUCAGAAUAUUCCAAGCUUCGUUAUUCCUCCGACCCCGCCUGCCUCCUCUGCCAGCUGCGGGACUACGUCUACGCCUGCUAUCACCAGCUGGCGUUCCUGAAGUCGCAGUGUUCUCGAGUCUCCCAGCACGGUGGUUGGCAGGCUUGUGAAUAUGGCCUUCAUGUAAGUGUUUCCAACUCCCCCCUGCAGGCCUUUCUGACCGACGACCCAAGCUCCAAGUUCGAGACACAUCCCUUCGACCCGUGCGACAUCUGCCUCAAGAGCCGUGUAAACAUGGGAUUUCAAAAGCAUGAUUUGCCUGACAAAUUGGAAACUGGCAAGCAUAUUUCCACCAUCCUCACUCCCAGCUGCGGCGGCGAAGAUCCCCUGCUGACAUUGACCUCUUACCUCACCUGCAUCACCAGGCGGACGCCGCGCACCACCGGGGAGCUUGUCUCGUUCUUCCACAAUUUCGGGAAUGAGCUGCACAAUGGAUCUUCAGACUUGUCCAAGCUGGGUUCCGUCCUCUCCAGUCAGCAUGGCCACUGCCCCGACUGGGACCGUCUCAAGGACUCCGACCUCCAAGUCAUCAAGGACGCCAGGGGCUCCGCCCCUCCCAACUCCAACCACAACCACGACAAGGACCAUCCCAACACACUAUCCUCUCUACUUGGCUGCGACAUCACCAAUGCCCAGUGCCCACAGCAUAUGAAGCCCAUCAACUACCGGGCCUACGCCCUGUACUCUCCGACCUUCGCCCAUACCUACCUCAGCUGGACUGUCUAUCUGCCCGACAGACUUCACGAGUCACUGCUCAAGCUGCAAGAUGAUCUCGAGAACCUUCAAUGUCACGACUCCAAGUCCAAGCCCCUCCACCAGUGUGACAAGGCCCUGCCCCUCCUCUACUCUCACGGGUUCACGCCGCCGGAGGGCACGGGACAACCGUCACUCACGUGUUACGAGGUCAUCACCAAGCUCGUGGAAGUGGCCAACGGACAGCCUAUCGCAGACCUCAUGACCGCCAUGGACACAUUCCUCUACGGCAUCCGUGCCCCCUUCCUCUACACCAUCACAGCACUUUGGCUCAUCGCAACACUCUACAUCCUCCACUCACUCCUCUACCGCAUGGACGUCCUGCGUAUACGUUCCCACCUCCUCACCACCACGGCCUCACACCUCAUCGACGUCAAGGCGCUGCUCGCCGGCAGCAGGAGAAUGCUCUCGCUCUACAAGGACGUCGACUACUUCGACGAUGACUUUCACUCGUGA